AAAAGGCCGUUUGCAGCUCCUCCCCCUCACUUUUGUCAGUCAGAGGGUGCAGGUGUUGGUAAUGGAUGUCAAGGUGCCUUUUCUCCUCCUGAGUCUCUUGACAAAUUUGACUCUCUGCUUUGAAUAUGGGUCACCAGUAACCGAUCUCCAUAGAGUGGCACUGUUGAAGCAGGAUCUUCCCAGUGACUAUUUGAUUCCCAUUAGUUAUGUUCCCAACGAGGUGGCUGGCACUUGUUGGGUGGUGCUAAAUAUCUAUCCAUUGGAGCAAAGUCUUGAGAGAUUGACCAACAAUUUUGGUGACAAAUCCACCAACAGAGAAAGCCUACUUAUUUUUAUUGAAAUUCUCCAAACUGUGUGGCUGAAGUUUGACCAUAUGAAAGUGGAAAUAUUGAUGCAGUACUUUGAUUGCCACUAUCAGGAACAGCACAUACCAUCUGGCCCUUACUUUGACUACAUGGAAAACCUCUUACGUGGAGCUGAUCGAGGACUAUUUGAUUUCUCAUGUGAACCACCACUGUGCCCAAGUACUCGACAAACAUUUACGACUCCUCAAGAAACAUCCCAGUCACCACCUAACCUUAGAACUCAACAAACACCAGAGUUUCUGGAGGACGACAACUUGACGCCUUUGAUUUUUGUCACCAUCUCCAUUGCAGUUUGUGUCAUUGUUUGUGUGUUUUUGUGGCUGUCCAGGUCCCGAAGGCGUUUACAUGUUUGCAGCACUGAAAAUAUUCAAAUGCAACCUACUAAAAUGACCCAAACUCCGACUGCCUCUCUGAAGCAUGAUUAAUAAGAAGGAAGGGAAAAAAACUGGACGGCAGUAGAACGACUCUCUCUCCAGGUUGUUCUGUUGUUGGCACGAGUCUGCUGGAUAAAUGAGUGAUCUGAUGGCUUCAAGGCACAGACUAAAGCUGCUGUAUGAGAGAUUGCGGAAUUCAACUGGUGCUAUCUCGCAAACAACGCCACAAGACUCCGGUCUUAUGUUUUUUGUUUUUUUUUUUAUCUCUCAAUUCUUUUCCUCCAACCUGAUAUCUGAGCAAGUGAAGCAAGAAGAGGGGAACCGUGGCAACAAAACGGGACAUCUUUAGUUAUGUGUUUGAACCAAUGUGAAUUAAAUGAGAUGAUGCACAGCUGCAUAAUGUGUUUCUUUCUCUCCACUAGCUUACUGCUGCCACUUAAUGGAGUUGAUGAAAGUUCUUGCAUUUUGUAUGGCACAAGAAAACAGAAUAUGGAUGUCAUAUUUAUUUGUCAUGAACAAACUGAGAAUAGAGCUCUUUGAAUGACAAAUAUUUUUAAUACAAAUUAACUUAUUCGUAUAGUCAUAGCGUUGUUCGUCAUGAUUGUGCGCUGAGAUGAUUUCCGGGUCAGAGGCAGGACAAGGCACAAAUGGAGAAAUUAGUGGCUGGAUAGCUGUCAAAAAUUGCUUCUCAUCCUGGCUGCUGUUUAAAUCAGUUUGUCUGACGCUUCUGAAAAGACCAGGUUCUUUAUCUGCUAUUCUGAACUGGAGCCAUUCAGGUGGUGAUUCAGUUUGGGAGUCGCAGUUAAAAAUAUCAUUGAAACCUCAAAUCAAAAUAUCAUUACACUGUCAUCAACUGGCCGUUUCCCUGUGGUUAGAGAUCGGCCUUUAACUGGAGUAUAUUUACGCAAGUCCACACAUGGAAUUCUUGCUUUCUAAAAUGUAAUGUAUAAAAAUGCACUUCACAAGUGGGUUAUGCAACACCUAUACGUGCAAUAAUGUGUAUUUUUGAGCCCAAGUAUGUCCAAAAUAAUCAAAAAAUAUGUAAACGGUAAUAGGUUACAGCAAAAAGUACUGCAUCAAAGAGCACGUCUGAACUACCUCAUCUGAUUUUCACUUUCCAAACAACAGCUUGAGGAAUAACCUUGACAUAUUCUAAGCGAAAUAUUCUCUCAAGAGAACAAGCACCCACUUUAUCCUGACGAACAAAUUGAUAUGUGGGAGUUUAUGGAAAAGUCUCAGACAGCGUCAGUGUGCGACAUAAUGACUCAGCCUGUAGGCGGCCACUCCAACACGUCAGAAGUCCGCCAGUUUGUCUGAAGUGAAAGCAGACUGCCGGCCCAUCCUCAAGUUUCACUACACGCUUGGACAUUACACCCACAGACACACAGAGAUGAGCUCUGUCUUUGGACUGAAAAAACUGAAUUUCAUGCACUGCAUUUGAGAAACUUGGGAUUCUUUCUCCAUAUGAGGAAGAAAAUCUUGAAAGCACCUUGUCUCCUCCUGAGUCUGGUAACAAGUUUGAAUCUUUGCUCUGGAAAAUUUGGGUCACCAAUAACUGAUGAUGUGAACAAGCUGCCAGUAUUGAAGCAGAAUAUCCCCUAUGAUUAUGAGAUUCCUGUUAGUUACAUUCCCAAAGAAGUGGCUGGCACCUGCUGGGUGGUGUUGAAUAUCUAUCCACUGGAGCAAAGUCUUCGGAAGCUGGCCAGCACGUUUGGCACUAUCUCCACCAACAAAGACAACGUACUCCUCUUCAUUGCAAUGCUCAAGAGUUUACGCUUCACCUUAGACCACGAGAGGCUGGAAAUGGCGAUGCAGAGCUUCCAGUGUCACUAUCAGGAACAUGGCUUACUGACUGGUCCUUACUUUGACUACAUCAGAGACUUUUUACACACUGCUGCUCAAGGACCAACUGACUUCUCCUGUGAGCCACCACCAUGCCUUAGUACUGAACAAACACCAGGGGUUCAUGAAGGGAAUCGUGGGGAUGCUUGGUCGAGAAGAUCUCCCCUGCUUUUGGUUCUCAUCCCCUUCAUCACUUGUGUUGCUCUCAUAGUGUGGUUGGUCAAGUCUGGAAAGCGUUUACCAGUAUGCAACACUGAAAAUAGCCAAAUGGAACCUUCUGACACGAUCCCAACUGUGUCUAUCUCCAUCCCACUUCAAACACUCACCCACGCUGCUGACGCUCAGCCAGAGCGGGAAGCGAUUGCUGAACAUGAAAGUGGAUGAAGGACGUUUAAUAAAGAAGGAAAAACUCGGACAGCAGCAUACCAACUCACUCUCCAGUCAGCUGGAUAAAUGAGUGGUCUCCUUUGCUUUCACUCAUCUGAGCGCAGGGUCCACAGCUACUCUGCAAGAGCAAACCCAAGCUGUUGUGGAGGCAGGUGUACUACAAAAUUCCCCAUCGGCACUUCUUUGGUAGCUGAUUAUCUUUCAAAAUGGCUGGCAAAGCACAGAUUUUCCUGCCUUGGGUUCCGCUGGCCUAUUUUGUGACAACCAGAUUCAGUUUGUUUUUCCUCACACUCUGGACUAAUAUCUUUAAGGGGUUUGUGCUUCACUUUGAAGCUGCAAUCAAAAAAAAGUAUCGCUGGAGCUUAAAAUCAUGUAAUCAUCACACGUCAUCCACUUGUUGACUCUGUCUGGGCGGUUGCCAAGACCGCCCUUUCACUGCUUCGCAACAACCUGAUUUCUACAAACAGAAAAAGACGUACAGUCACAUUAAUGCUAUCUUGAAAGGAAACAACUAAAAUGCUGUUGCUGCGUUUUAUCUCACGCAGCCUGUCCUGUACUUGUUGUUGACAUUAUUAUGAUCUGCGAUCUGUCGCAAAUUGCAAACCUGCUACUCACAAACAACACACUGAGCAGUUCAACAAGUGUCCCACUUUGUGUAUCAAAGAUCUGACCAGAUGGCAGAUAGCCAUCGCCAGAGGCACUUUGAAUCCAGUCAUUGUAUUUUCAAAGCCGUUGCCCAGUGAUCUAUAGCUGCUGCUCAGCCGCAGUGAGUGUGUUAGAGGUUUUAAUGCCUUAUUCACUGGGUCAAUCAUGUUCAGUCAUGAGAACAUGACUCCCCGAGUGUGAGCGCUCUUGUAGUGCAUGUGUCACAGACGGAGCGAGAGACAGUGCAGACAGGACGAGGGAAAGUGAGGGAGAUAGGGACUGAUAGAUAGAUGGACGGAUGAGCUCAGUGAGAAGCAUAAGGAGGGCUUGUUCUCAUCACAAAAGAACUGGCCGUAGGCUGGAGGAAAUGCCAGUUACAAACACGACUGAUGUGCACAGAUCCCUAUGAAUCAACAGGCUAAGAAUCCUUCUAGACCGCAGGCUAAGCACCCUACAGAGCCCGGUUAGUAUUCAAUAACAGUUGACUGUAUUUGAAUGAUUAACUUCCAAAACACACCCAUGAAAUAUGGAUAUAUCUUUGGUAAAAUGUCUUUCUGUCGUAGACUUUGUGUAAACAGUGUUGUCUUUAUAGUGAACCGUUUGUAAAGGUUCAUAUUUGUAUUUUGUGAAAACAUGUUAUUUGUGUGUGAAGUAUUUAAGUUAUUUGGUUACGUGUUUCACUUACAAAAAUGUUUCCAGCUGUUUUAGUGAUGCAAAUGAUGAACACGCCCAAUUAUAUCGUGAAUGUACAGGAGCUAGACAAAAUACUGUGAACGCAGAAAGGAAAGCGCGUUGUAACUCUCACCAAAUUCAGAAAUCCAUCAUUUUGCACUGCAGGGGUCUGAUCACAUUUACAAAUUACUAUAUUUAGAUACUGUCCCCAUAUUUGAAAACUGUUUGUCUUGGAUUUCCUCUGUUUUUCCUGAGGUUUUUCACCUAUACAGUUCAUCUGACUGACAUGGCUGGAGUUUGGGAGGAGCAUUUUAACUGUUUUUUUUUUUCCUCAUAUUGAUAGUUCACAUGCAACAUUGUUGAUUGUUCAGUAUCUUUUAUACCCAGACGAAAGCAAAUUUUACAAGAUGUCAGUCACCACAUUGGACCUACUAUAAAUCUGUUACAGUGUAAUUAUUUGCAGAGAGCCUUUCCACUCUCCUCUGCUUGUAGUUUCUUAUUUUCUCCACAUUUUGCUGUGCUCAGGAGGUUUCUGGGCUUCAGCCCUCCAGCAGUGGGUGUUUAACUCCCAGCCAAUAAAAGUUUUCUGGCUUUGAGGGUGGGGAAACGUGGUGACAACAUUACACGCCUCCGUCUCACUCCUCUGCUCUCUGUCUGUGUUGUGAAUGUCUGUACAUCUGUUCCUCCAGAGGCACAUAGUUAAAGCAGAGUGGCCAACUGGCAAUGCUGCACCUUGCUGUAAAGGUGUGGCUGUGUUUGUUGUCUAUAGGGUGACCGCAGUGAAAUAAUCAGAAAAUGUUGUUUCAUCUCCCUCGUGUCAUUCACCCCUUUUUUUUUUUCUUUUUUUUUUUGGUUAUUCUGUUGUUGAGGAGGCAAAAGUGGAGAAAAGCUGGAUGUAACAUCUGUAAUUAGCAUAAAGUGUAUACGAUACUGUCGCCUUUUACUGUAGUUUUCAUUGCAAUAGAAUUUUUUUUUUUUUUUUUUUAAAGGAACUUUAUUUUUGCUAAUCCAUUUAAAUGGCUACUAAGCAGAUGUUCUGCCGGUAUUGUGCAUAUAUUCUGAUUUGUCAUCAAAGUGAACCAAGUUUGUUGCCUUCCUGAAAUCUUUGUAAUUGAAAUGGUAGACUUCAUGUUCAGGCAUGUGAAGUUUAUUUAACACUGGGCUUGAUAAAAGGCCUCCAUUCUUUUCUUUUCUUUUUUCUUCUUCGGGGAAUAUUUCGACAUGCAUGACCUCUGAACAAAGUAUUGUAUUCAGAGAGAAUGGUGUUAUUCCAAAGGGACAGAGGUUUAUUUGGAGAAUUUUUCCACAUUCUGUUUUUCUUCACAAACGACACUACCACCCAUAAAAUGUCUCUGUGACUGUUGCAAUAAAACUAAUUCAUGAAGUUAUGUUCAACAAAACAGUGCAUUUGGGCUAAAUGUUGUUAGACUAUAAAUGAUUACAUUUUUCGACAAAGCACCUAAGAUCUUGUAAGAUUUGGUGUACACAAGAUGAAUUACUUGACGUUUACAUGUCUUUAAGACACACCUAAUAAUAUAGAAUAAUUAACUUUUAAUUGACCAUUUAAUUUUCUUACUUGCAGACCAUGGCCAGCAGAAAUCGGGUUAUAUUGAAAAGCUUUAGGUAAAUAUUCUAUUCAGCCUUUUAAUUUAUAGGGCAAAUAGUGUAUAUGCUAAAUCACCACUUCCUUCGGUACACCUUGAUAGUGUUGGAUUCAACCCCCUUUUGCCUUCAGAACUGCUUUAAUUCAUCAUGGCAAUAAUUCAUCAGGUGCUGGACACAUUCCUUUCAGAUUUUGCUUCAUAUUAACAUAACAGCAUCACACAGUUACUGCAGAUUUGUUGACUGCACUACACCGCCACCACCAGCCUGAACUGUUAAUAAAAGGCUGGAUGGAUUUAUGUUGUUUAUGCCAAACUCUGACCCUAUAUCAUCAGAGUACCAAAAAUGGUCAACUUUAUUAUCCCCAAAGGGCAUUUUCUGGUACACUAGCGGCAAACAAGCGUGCAAUGAAAAAUAUCAGACACAAACAAGAAAAACAACAACAGGACUCCACAGUUUAGCUGACAGGAUUGGUACCUGGUGUGGUCUGCUGCUGUUGCCCAUCUGCUUCAAGGUUCAAAUUGUGCAAAAGCAAAGAUUGCUGCUGACUGGUUAUUUUCUCUCAUUUUCUGCACCAUUUUCUAUAAACCUUAGAGAUGUUUGUGGGGAAAUCCCAACAGAUCAGCAGUUUCUGUACUCAGAACAACCUGUCUAGUAGCAAAAACCAUGCAAAAGUUACUUAUAUUACGUUGCUUUGUUGACUCUCAAUAUAAUGCUUGGUUUAUAUUGCCUGAUUAGAUAUUUGGGUUAACAGGCAGUUGAACAGGUGCACCUACUAAAGGGGCAAGUGUGUGUAUAUGAGCAGCUAGUUGUUGUUGGUUUU